CUUCUUUUUCAAGACUUGAAGUGCUUUUGUUUUGUAUUUGCGUGUGCAUUUUAUGUAUCCAAAGUUUAUUUCGCAUAUUGCGAUCUUAAUAGGGCUUUGCUGGUGCAAGUUGUACUCUUGCAAUUAACGGAUCCUGUAAUGGGUUCUUAUAAAAGUUGGAAAAACUUUGAAAAAGAAGAAAUUUGAGGAAGGGGGCGCCACUCAAGCAGAAAGUAGUGAAAGUGGAGGUUGAGCUGCUUAUACCUGAUGAUGAAGUAGGGUUAAGUGGCAUACUGUCAUUCUUGAAAAUCGCUCCAUUCUUCUAUGGAUGCCACUACAAUGGAGACGAGCACUUCAUCGCCUUCUUUCAGUUUCACUGUUCUGGAAUCUGUGGUAGGCAAUUCUGUCGAAGAAAUUGAGAAGAGCUGGAGGGGUUUUUGCUCCGUUUCGGAAGCUCUACUUCAUUGCAGUGAUGAUGUCUCUCUCAGCUCCGAGCUCAUUUCAAAUGUCCACUGUCUCUGCAAGUACGGUCUCGAGUCUCUGGUUAAAGAUCACUUCCUGCAUUCAGUUCAGAAAUUAUUUGAAGAAAAAGGUGCAUCAAGAUUUUGGAGGCAUUUUGAUCCUUAUACAAAUGUUGCUGCACUUAAAAGGAACAAUGAUCCGAUGCUUGAGGAUCAGAUUCAAAGGCUAUUAUGUAAAGCUCUGGAAGAGAUAUCAUCUGAAAAGCAAUGCCAUGAGAAGUGCGUAUUAUUAUUGAUUCAUUCUUUACAAUCAUAUAAAGUGGGUGAGUCAAAAGGGUGUCCCGGUUUGGAUGACAUAAGAGACUAUUUGUUAUCAAAAUAUCAGCUAAUGGUUUCUUCGGUGAUCAUGGCCAGUGUGCCUAGGCACUUUCCUGAACUGUUACACUGGUACUUCAAGGGAAGGUUAGAGGAAUUGAACACAAUUACGUCAGGUUAUUGUGAAGAUGAACCUGAAUUAGGAUCUGAUGAUGAAAUGGUUCCUGUUGAGAAUCGCAAGCAUCCAAAAAGAGACUGCGUUAUGGAUAUUGAUAUGAGCCAUCAGCAAACAAUGUUUUCAGUGAACAAUAUUAUAGUGAAGAGCAUUGGGAUGGUCGUCCGCAAUCUAAGAAGUCUUGGAUGUACAUCUCUGGCUGAAGAUGCCUAUGCUUCUGCCAUAUUUUUGCUUCUACAGGACAAAGUACACAAUUUGGCUGGCGACGAUUACAGAAGCUCUGUUUUGGAACCUAUCAAACUGUGGAUACAGGCAGUGCCCCUCCAGUUUUUGCAUGCACUUCUUGCUUAUCUUGGUGAUGCCACCAGAACAGAAAGUCCAUCCUCUGGUCAUAGAUCACCUCUUGCAUCUCACCCCCCUUCGUGUUAUUUUAGAAAUGAAAUUCCAUCUGAGGGACUUGUUAGAUGGCAACUCCGGUUGGAGUAUUUUGCUUAUGAGACCUUACAAGAUCUAAGAAUAGCCAAACUUUUUGAAAUCAUCGUGGAUUAUCCAGACAGUGCACUUGCCAUCGAAGACUUAAAACAAUGUCUAGAAUAUACUGGGCAACACUCAAAGUUGGUUGAUUCCUUUAUCACAUCAUUGAAAUAUCGAUUACUAACAGCUGGUGCCUCAACUAAUGACAUAUUGCACCAAUACGUCUCAACAAUUAAAGCACUUCGAACCAUCGAUCCAGCAGGUGUGUUCCUAGAAGCUGUAGGCGAGCCUAUACGGGAAUACCUGAGGGGUAGAAAAGACACAAUAAAGUGCAUUGUGACAAUGCUGACUGAUGGGAGUGGUGGAAAUCCCAAUGGAGCAGGAAUCUUGGGGGAUAGCCUUCUUGAAGAAUUAAACCGAGAUGAAGAAAAUCAAGAGAACACUAAUGUUGAUGAAGAUUUUAAUACUGAUGACAGACAAGCGUGGUUGAAUGCGCAAAGGUGGGAGCCUGACCCUCUAGAGGCUGACCCGAUGAAGGGAAGCAGGAAUCGAAGAAAAGUUGACAUACUUGGAAUGAUUGUCAACAUAAUAGGUUCAAAGGAUCAAUUGGUUAAUGAAUAUCGUGUGAUGCUUGCAGAAAAGUUGUUAAACAAAUCUGAUUAUGACAUUGACUCAGAAAUACGCACUUUGGAACUUCUUAAGAUUCACUUUGGAGAGAGCAGCAUGCAGAAGUGUGAAAUUAUGCUCAAUGAUCUAAUUGAUUCAAAACGGACAAAUACAAAUGUAAAAGCGAAAAUCAAGAGUCAAUCUCAGCCAGUUUCUGAAGAGCAGCAUGAGAUGCCCCUGGACACACUUAAUGCUACAAUCAUAUCUUCAAAUUUCUGGCCAUCUAUUCAGGACGAACCGCUUAUCUUACCUGGGCCAGUGGACAAUCUCUUGAGUGAUUAUGCAAAAAAAUAUACUGAAAUUAAGACCCCAAGGAAACUGCUAUGGAAGAAAAGUCUUGGAACUGUGAAGCUGGAAUUGGAGUUUGAAGACAGAGCACUGCAGUUCAUGUGCACCCCUCUUCAUGCUUCCAUUAUAGUGCAAUUUCAGGAGCAAAAGAGGUGGACGUCUAAAGAUCUCGCAGCUGCUCUAGGAAUACCUAUGGAUGUUCUAUCUAGGAAGAUAAACUUUUGGAUAAGCAAGGGAGUGCUUGCAGAAUCACCUAGACCAGAUUCGAGUGACCACAUCUUUACUCUGGUUGAGGCAUUGGCUGAUACAGGUAAAACUGGGAGAAGCAGUGGAAGUUGUGAUGAUUUUUUGGCCUGUGAAGAAGAUGGAGAGAGCACAGUAGCCUCCGUUGAGGAUCAGUUGCGGAAAGAAAUGACUGUCUAUGAGAAAUUUAUCACGGGAAUGCUCACCAAUUUUGGCAGCAUGGCAUUGGACCGCAUUCAUAAUACCCUAAAGAUGUUUUGCAUUGCUGAUCCAACAUAUGACAAAUCACUCCAACAGCUCCAAAGUUUCUUAUCUGGUCUUGUGGCAGAAGAGAAGUUAGAACUUCGGGAUGGAAUGUACCUUCUCAAAAAGUGAAGGGUAAUUCCUCCAACUAAAUCACAACCAAAAGGAUCAUAACAUUACUUUGUACAGGUGAUACCUAAACUACUGAAUGUGGAUCCUCUGUCUGGCCUUAAAGUUGGCUAUUUUGCUUUGCUGUACAAAGAUUGUUUCAUCAAUGUGAGUUUUAUUGGUCAUGUACUCAUGUAACGUGAUGCUCGUUGGGCACGACCACAACCCCUUGCUUUAAAGCCAUGAAGAGGAUCAACAUUCCUUACUGUAACUCUACAAUGGUCUCACUUUUUUGAAGGCAACUUGCAUUCUUCUCUUAAAAAAUGCUCAAUAUUUAAUAUACAUUGUUUAGGCUGAGCACAUUCUGGUUUUGACCAGAAAAUGGAUUGAACUGAUCCCAUAACUGAUUGUUUAAU